GAAUUAUUUCAUAGCUUUUGGCUCUCGUCGACCCUACCCUGAUGCGUUUUCCAGGUCAAAGUUGAAUGUAAAUAUGGUCUACAUCUCACGUCAGUCAUAACUUCUUUGUUCAAAAGCGAAAGAAAAAGACUAACUUGGCAUAUCUUUCUAUUAGUCCAUCUUUUAUCACGACAAGUUAGUUUUCGGUAAAAUUGCUGUUCCUCGACUUAUUUUAGCCUCUAUAAGCGAAACAGUAAAACCACCUCAUUGGUUCUUAUCCAGCCAUAUGGACCUUAUGCCGCAAAACAUGAAUCCUGCUGAGUUCAUGAAUGCUCAUGAUGUUCUCAAGGCCUUUCUAGACAGAAUUUCUCUCGUUUUCAUUGAAUAUUUCAAAAUCAAUUGCCACAACCGAUCACGUCAACGAAGAAUGCUUGGUAAGCUUAUUGCUGAAUGGGAGAUCCUACAAGAAGAAGCUGCAGGUGUGGACGAAGUCUUUCAUAGACUGGUAGAACAACAACUGCAAGGAAUAGAAAAUGGCGCUUUUAUAGCAGAAUCAUCUGCAGAUACAGCAGCACCCUAUUAUUUCUCGUCAUGGGCAUAUGAUUUAAAACUGAACAUGAUCGAAAAGAUUUUAUUUCUUGGCUUCGAGUUGGAAUUAUACGGACCUCAUGAGUAUAUCAUGAUUUACUGGUAUUUACAAUGCGUAUUGGGUAGUCGUACUUUUCUUUUGGAACGCAUGACAAGUUUUACUGUUGAGCAAACGUCAUCCUCACCAGCAGUCCUCGCAAAUUCGAAGCAAACGACAUCAACAACAGAGGUAGUUGAUUAUGUUCAAGUGAGCCAGCUAUUGACGCAAACAAAAAAGAUCUUAUGUGAAGCCAUACUAAAGUUACUCCUCACUGCGCAAUACACUGGUCAACUACGUCAGUUUAAACCGAUUUUUGAUGAUGAAGAAACAAGAUAUACACAACGCUUUAAACCUUUUGCGGCACUGAGCUCGCCACCUCAUCCCACCUAUCCCAUGUUUCUAGAAAAUAUCACUGUAGAAGAGAUGGAUGUGCCUCAGAUGUUAAUGAUUAUAAAAACUGAUUUAGAAAGAGUCAGGCGAUAUCUCGAACAUAUUUUGGUCUUGAUGCCUGAAGAAGUAAAUAUGGACAAAUGCUUUGAUUACUUCAAAUCGGUAAGAAUGGCAAUGGUUUGUGGAUAAAGGCAGUACACCUUAUACAUUUAAUUCAUUGAUUAGGAUAUGAAAGAUAUCGUUCGAGCGGUGGUUGCAAAUACUAUCAGUAUAAAUCUUCUUAAAAAUGACAAGCUUAUGGAAAGGGGUAGUAAAAAGAGACAACAGAAGGAGUCGUCCUUAUCUGAUCUCGAUACCAACUUUAAAUAUCAUCCGUGGUUUUUAACCAUAUCAAGAAAGAAAUAAUUCUCUGUAUAUAUAAAGAUAGAUGACGCUAUGUAAAUUUCUGUUUUAUACUUUAUUCCUUGUAAUAGUA